UGAAGAGAGAUGAAAUCUGUGCCCUUGCUAAAGUGGCUUCCCAGCGCUGACGGAUAAUCACAAAUGAAUCUAAUCAAAUCUAUUUACUCUCCGUUUCCUCGGGGAGGAAUAUAAUGGAAUAAUGAUAAUGUGAGGACAUAAGGACAUGCGGAUUGGCGGGAAAACAAUAACAUUUUUAUCACACACAACAACCAUAUCGCUUGUAAAUCCUUCGACUUCAGGCUAAAAUUUGCAGGUAAAUUAUGUCCGUGAAUAUUGAACCUAUGGCACCUGGCAGAAAUUAAAGCGCGAGGUAGGCUACCACCGGUUGUCAUGGCGUCCACCAUGCUGUGCCCGUGACCUCUGCCGCGCGCUGUGAUAAGCUUGCAGGUGGCACUGUCGCUGCUCAGCUCGCGGCGCCGCUACUGUAGAAGAUGCGUGGAACGGUGCCCGUCGCAUUCCACUUCAAAGCCACAAUGAACUGUCAACUGCAGGAGCUCCGCGGGCUAGGAAGCGUCCGACACUGUGUCUAAGAGAAAUUGACUACGCCCAUAUCUGCGGAGAUGGACUUCCGCAGUCCCAGAUGAGCUGAAACCACUGGCCUCGACUUGGAAGGGAAAAAAAUAAAUAAAUAAUGGAAAAAAUGAAUACCCAGCAUGCCUUGCAGGCGGUGGAGCGUCUCCAGGCCAAGCUGAAGGGGAAGGGGGAGGUUCCCGCGGAGGAGAAGCUCAGGACGCUGAAGACGGUUCUCCAGAGCCCCCUCUUCCACCGGAUCCUCGCCGUGCAGACGUCCGGCCUCCUCCCCCAGGCCUGGGGGAGGACGGAGCGAGCGUCGCCGUGCCUGAGCAGCGGCCUGUCCCGUACCGCCGCCCUCAGCCUGCCGGCUCUGCCGCGCAGCGACUCGUACGAGUCCGCGCUCUGCCGCGGCGGCCCCCCCGGCGACCCCCCCGCGGCGUCGGCCUCCUGCGGCGACCUGUCCGCCGCCCGGCUCCAGCUCGUCCUUCAGGCCACGGCUCAGGGCCGCUACGUGACAGACAUCGAGUUCCUGAAGCCCGUCUCCGGCGAGCUUGGCUUCAGCUUGGCGUCGGUGAGCAGCGAGAACCGCGAUGAAGGGGGCAUAUUCGUUCAGGAGGUACAGCCGGGCAGCAACGCCCAUUGCAAUGGGACCCUGAAGCAGGACGAUCAGCUCUUAGCCGUCGACGGGCAGCCGCUGGACGGGACCGUCUCCGUACAGCAGGCUGUGGACCUGCUGCGGAAUGCACCGGAAAGGGUCCAGCUUACCGUCGCCAGAGGCCCAGUCCAGGAGCUGGACAGCCCCGUGCUGUCCAUCAAGAGCUCCUCAGCCAAUACCCUGCCGCCAUGUCAAAACACGAAGCGCACGGAGAAGGUGGAGGUCAUAGAGCUGCAGAACAGCGGGGCCGGUCUGGGGUUUGGCAUCGUGGGGAAGAGGCGCAAGGGAGUUCUGGUGAAGACCAUCCUGCCCGGGGGGAUCGCUGAUAAGGAUGGGAGGCUGUGCAGUGGGGAUCGCAUCCUAAAGAUUGGGGACACGGACGUGUCAGGGAUGAGCAGUGAGCAGGUGGCCCAGGUUCUGCAGCAGUGCGGGAGCAGAGUCAGGCUCCUCGUCUCCAGGGGGGUCCCGGAUGAGCCCCCCAGCCCCAUUUUGGCUCUGGCCUCUGACAACAAGCCACAGGGUUGCGGACACGAAGAGAAGGAAGCGUUUGAGGUGGAGCUCACCAAAGACGCUCAAGGAUUAGGGAUCACCAUCGCUGGAUAUAUUGGGGACAAAAACUCUGAACCUUCCGGAAUCUUUGUGAAGAGUAUAAUAAAGGGCAGCGCUGUGGAACAGGACGGACGAAUACAUGUCGGAGAUCAGAUCUUAGCUGUGGACGGGACUAGUAUCCAGGGCUACAGUAACGAGCAGGCGGUGGAGUUCCUGAGGCACACGGGGCAGACCGUGUUCCUGGAGCUCCGGCGUUGGGGCCUCCAGGCCGGGCCGGCGCCGACGUUACCCGCCCCAGUGACGGUGCAUCGGGACCAGCCGCCCGAAGCCGGGACGGGCCUCUCUGGGUACAGGAUGAGAAUGGACGCCGUACCAGGACCCAAGCUGACUGAGUCUGAAGAAGAGGAGCUUAAGAGGAAAUGGGAAAACACCCUCGGCCUCAGUAAUGAAAUUGUGAUCGCCCAGGUGGAGAAGUUCAGCGAGUGCAGCGGCCUGGGCCUCAGUUUGGAGGCCAGGGCCGGGGACCCCGGGCACCACUACGUCUGCUCCGUCCUGCCGGAGGGGCCUGUGGGGCGGAGCGGGAAGAUCGCGGCUGGAGAUCAGCUGCUUGAGGUCAAUGGCAUCCCUCUCAUUGGCGAGCCUCAUAAGGAGGUGGUGAGCAUUCUGAAGGAGCUGCCCGUGUGUGUCUACAUGGUGUGCUGUCGCCCCGCCCACACCGAGCUGAGUGACAGCAGAGCCGGCCAAUCCGGAUCGAGUUUGUUGAAGGCGCGAGGAGAGCUGGAAGACUGCAUUGUGUACCGUGAGGACGGUGACGUUCUGAGAGAUCACCUGCCGGAGGACUCGCCCGGGGCCGCUUUGGCCAUGUGGGAGACGGAGAUACAGGUUAUCGAGCUGGAGAAGGGGGACGCUGGCCUCGGCUUCAGUAUCUUAGAUUACCAGGACCCGCAGGACCCGGCGGAGACGGUGACGGUGAUCCGGUCCCUGGUUCCCGGCGGGGCGGCGGACCUGGACGGCCGGCUCCUCCCCGGUGACCGCCUGAUGUUCGUCAACGAGGCCCGGCUGGAGAACGCCAGCCUGGACGCUGCCGUGCGGGCGCUGAAGGGGGCGGCCGCGGGCGCGGUCAGAAUCGGGGUGGCCAAACCGUUGCCCAUGGACUACUAUGAUCUGGACUUAACGAAUGAGAAGACGUUUGAGCGUUACCACGACACCAACAAGGCAGCCAUGCUGGCCCCUCAUAGCAACAACUGCACUGGACAGAAGGUUUGUGGUUUCAUAAUAAUUCUGAACAGAAAUAGUCCCAAGGAGGAACGGGACGCCGGCGCCUCGGAGGGGGCCGAUAAGCGCCCCCCAGCUCCCGGGACCCCUUUCGAGAGGACGAUUACGGUUGCCAAGGGCAACUCUAGUCUUGGGAUGACAGUGAGCGCCAUUAAGGAUGGCUCAGGGAUGAUAAUUCGCAGUAUCGUUCACGGAGGAUCCAUCAGCCGCGAUGGACGGCUGGGCGUGGGAGACGCCAUUUUAGCUGUCAACGGGGAGCCCACCGUCAAUCUGACCAACGCCCAGGGGCGGGCACUUCUGAGGCGGCAGUCUCUGAUUGGCCCAGACAUCAGCGUCACAUAUGUCCCGGCAGAGCAGCUGAAGGAGUACAGGGCCACCCUCAGGCUGCCGGCCCCGGACGAGGUCACUGUGGUGGACGCCCUGCCGGGGCUGCGGAGAAAGAUGACAGAACUUAAGAAACAGGAACGCGACGAAGGACAGGGGCUCGAGCCACGUAGCUUCGAGCACGACAGCUGGAACCAGCCAAGGAAAGUGGAGCUGCACAGAGAGCCGGGGAAGUCUCUGGGGAUCAGCAUCAUGGGGGGGCGUGGCAUGGGCAGUCGUCUUAGCAACGGCGAGGUGAUGAGGGGGAUCUUCAUCAAGCACAUCCUGGAGGACAGUCCGGCCGGCAGGAACGGAACUCUGAAGCCCGGAGACAGGAUCGUGGAGGUGGGUGGAGUCGACCUCCAGGACGCCAGUCACGAGGAGGCCGCGGAGGCCAUCCGAAAAGCGGGGGACCCCGUGGUGUUCCGGGUGCAGGACGUCGCCCCGUCCCCCCAGUCUCCGCCCCCUGACGCCAGCGACGAGCCGACAGCCGUGUCGACAAACGCAUCGGCCGAAAACAAGGGGGCUGAGAUUCAGAGUAAACUCUUCCUCUCCCCAGUUAACCCUUUCACCCCCACCCCUUUUAAGCCACCAGCCCCGAGGGAUUGUGGGAAAAUCUCUGCCCUGGUGCAACCACCCCUCAAGCAACCUGUAGCCCCUCCCACAGAGAUGACGGACAGCUCCAUGGAGGCCGAGGGACCGCCCAGGCCACAGGCUCCGACUCUGAAGGCUCUUGGGGAAGAGGAGGACCAGUUUGGCUACAGUUGGAGGAAGAUAGUGGACAGGUACGGCAGUCUGCCAGGUGAGCUGCAUGCCAUUGAGCUGGAGAGGGGGGCGGAGGGACUGGGGCUGUCCCUGGCGGGAGACAGCGACCGCUCCCCCAUGAGCGUCCUCGUGGGAGGGGUCGACCCGGGCGGGGCCGCAGGCCGGGACGGACGCAUCGCGGUUGGGGACGAGCUGCUGGAGAUAAACGGACAAAUCCUGUACGGUCGCAGCCACCAGAACGCCUCCUCUAUCCUCGACAGAGCUCCCUCAAAAGUCAAAGUCAUUUUUAUCAGGAACACAGAGACUGAGAAACAGAUGGCGGUGGGCCCGGGGUACAGAGACGUGUCGGACUCGCAAACAGAGCUGGACCAGAGUGCUGUCAUUUCUCCCUCUGCAGUCAGUGUUGACAUGUUCAGAUAUGUCCAGCAUAUCGUUCUUCCCAGAGAUCCAGGUGGGUUUGGGAUCGACCUCAGUGACGAGGACACGAGGAACGGGGUCGUGAUCGAGAGCCUGUCUGAGCACGGGACGGCGAGAAAGGACGGCAGGAUAAAAGCCGGAGAUAAAAUCCUGUCGCUGGACGAUGAGACUGUUAUCGGCCUCCCCGUAGGGAAGGUGGCUGGUCUGCUGCAGACGCCUCGGAGCAGGGUGAAGCUCACCGUCUGCACGGACAACUCCCUCACCUCUUCCUCCCUCUCCUCCUCCUCCUCCUCCUCCUCUCACCCCCACCCAGCGAGGGGGGGGCCCGACGGACAGCCAGCCAGUGCCCCUGCCCUCCCUCUCCUUUACGAGGAGCCCCAAGGUUUCCCUUGUGUGACCUCUGACCCCUUGACCUGUCCCAUAAUCCCUGGCUGUGAGAGCACCAUAGAGCUGUCCAAAGGGCAUACUGGUCUGGGCGUCAGCAUCGUGGGAGGCUCUGAUACGCUGCUGCGGGUCAUCGUUGUUCAUGAGAUCUAUGAGGAGGGUGCUGCGGCCAAAGACAGGAGGCUAUGGGCUGGUGACCAGAUCCUGGAGGUCAACGGGGUUGACCUGAGGAUGGCCACACACGACGAGGCCAUGAACGUCCUGAGGCAGACACCACAGAGGGUCCGCCUGACCGUGUGGAGGGAGGAGAACCAGUACAGAGAGGAGGACCUCUGGGACGUCUUCACUGUGGACCUGUUUAAAACGCCGGGCCGGGGCCUCGGCCUGGAUGUGGUGGGGAAAAGGAACGACACGGGCGUCUUCGUGUCGGACGUCGCGCGGGGAAGCGCGGCGGAGGCCGACGGCCGGCUGUGGCCGGGGGACCAGAUCCUGUCGGUGAACGGCGAGGACGUCCGCGCCGCCACGCAGGAGCACGUGGCCUCCCUGCUGAAGAGCUGUGCUGGGGGGGUUAUUCUGGAGGUGGCUCGGUUCAAAGCCAGGCCCUGUCCGUCUGAAAAGAGACCCUCCGUGUGCAGCCAGGGACCCUCAGACUCGUGGGGACUCACCCUUGCUGGGGGUGUGGGGAGCUCCCACACAGACACCCCGCUCUACAUCGCCGCCCUGCCCCCACAGGGACCGACUGCCCAGACUCACACACCGCAAGUGGUGGGGGGUAACGCCAGCAUGACUGGGUGCCCUGAGGAAAAGGUGGACACUCAUGUGUUCUGCAGUGACCUUGGGCCUGCUCAGUACAAACGGAUCACAUUGGACCGGGGUUCGGACGGCCUGGGGUUCAGCAUUGUGGGUGGGUUUGGCAGUCCCCACGGAGACCUGCCCAUCUACGUGAAAACGGUCUUCAGCAAGGGCGCGGCCUCCAAAGAUGGCCGACUGCAGCGUGGAGAUCAGAUCGUGGCCGUGAACGGAGUCCCGCUGGAGGGGGUCACUCACGAGGAGGCCGUGGAGAUCCUGAAGAGGACCAGGGGGACCGUGUCUGUCACUGUUCUGUCUCACACAAGAGAUUCUACUCUAUAAAACACACACACACACACACACACACACACAUUUUUACCUUUAGUAGCAAACACUGUGAUAUUUUACACUAACUUAUUUGCAGUAUCUACCUGAUGAAAUCUUAAUUUGUACACCAGAUAUGUUCAUAGUACAUGUUCAAGUAACUAGCUGAACACUGAACACAACCCAAUGAGAAUCUAUUGGUGGCGAUUUUGUGAUUUAGCUAGAAUUAGCCACAAUUGUGCAAUACAGUGGCUGAUUCAGGCAGACUUAUUGUUUGUGGGUCCAUUUAUGGUAAAUCAUACACAUUUAAUAAUUUUUGUAAUAGGUCAAGUAUCCAAUGUGCUGAAACAUUAGUCAAAAAUGAUCCCUCUUUUGAAGGUAUUGUGAUGCAGACCUCUUAAGACACCAUGUUACUACAGAUAUGUAUAUUUUGAUCACUAUUGAUAUCACCACAGAGAGUGAUCUCUAUGGUACGGGGUGCUGCAGUGCACCAUGGGAAGAGUGCUUCAUGAGAGUGGGAGGUUUAGUAGUAGGUGCUGUGCAAAAGUGUGUGCUGUUUAGAGCUGCUAACUCAGAUAAGAUGUGUCUCAUUUAUUAACUAUUUCAUACAAGCAUCUCUCAGUUAAUUGCCGUCAUAAAAAAAUAACUAUUCUGCAAUAUUGAUGUAUAGCAAUACAGAGUGAAAUUAUCUCAUUUAUAUAUUUGAAUGUAUUUUGAUGUCCAUUGAGGAAAAUAUUUUAUCAUUUGUCGUACACAUUGAGACUUAUUUGUCCUCAUCUGAGUAAAUGUAAACUACAUUUAACGGCUUUUUUCUCUGAGUGUACAAUUGUUGUGUCGAUCAUCAGUCAGUCAGUGCCGUUAAAUUAUGGAUACUUGGAGGUUUAUGUUUAAGGGCCAUUCUUCAAAUGGAGUUAAGGGUUCAAUGACACAUCAGCAUGAGCAAUUAAGUUAGCUGAAGUCAUUUGGUGACAAUAUCUGUCCUGUUCAAUUUUACAGUCUGUGAGACACACACACCCAGAGGAAAUCUACACAGACAUGGGGGGAACAUGAAAAAUCCACAAAGAGGCCAAUGGGUCCCAUUUAGUGGGUCCAAUUGGGCAAUUCACCGCUGUGCAACUGUGAAUCUCAGCUUAUGUACAGUACAGUGGCAUGAAUAGAAAAACGUUGCUCGCUACACAUGUAUUGAGAACACAUGCUAUUCAGCACUCUGAAUUGUGAAAGGCUGUCCCAGUGCUGGGCAUUGAAAAUUGAGAGAAAAAUAAAGAAAAUUAUGGAUAAAAGAUUUAAAGAAAAAAACGUUGCUUAAGUGUAUAGCUUUGUGGUUAGACUGAACUGAUGCCUUUGUGAUGUUAUGAAAGACAGGAGUAUUCACGAAUGAAGGUCAAUGGAUACUCUCAUCGUUUUUAUGUAUAUAUAUAUUUUCCUGAAGGUCCAUUUGUGUUUUGUUAACAAUGAAUUUAUUUAGUUUCUUCCAUCCUUUCAAUAACAAUUGACUGUGGACUGCAAAAAAAGCAAUGCUACUCCAUGUCUGUCUGCUGAAUAAGACUUCUGGGAAAAAAAUAGAGCAGUAAAAUCAAGAUUUCUGUGAAGCACAAAUAUAAAAUAGAAAUAUACAUUAAAAUGUUUGAUGUAGACACA